AGGGCACAGCUGAACCCUGCAGCCGCAAUGGCAGUGCCUCAGGAAAAGCCUGUGUGAGAAAGGGCAAAAUACCGCACAGCCAGUGAGGAGUAGCAUGUGAAAAACAGCUCUUCAGAGAGAGAAGUCAGAGAAGGAGGAGAUGCUCCAGGUGUCCAAGCAGAGAUUCCCUGACAGCCUCUGGAGGAGAUCAUGCUAGAGCAGGAGGCAGAAUGUGAGAGCAGCUGGGUGGGCACCUGGCAGCUGGCCAGAGACAACCCACCAUAAUCAUUUACAACAGAAAUUGUUACGCUUUAAGAGUCACUCUGGAUGACAUUAAUGCUAUGGAAAUUCACCACUGGUACACAAAAUUUAUGAAGGAGUGCCCAUCUGGACAACUUUGUCUACAUGAAUUUAAACAUGUCCUGGAUCUACACGGACUUACUCCGGAAGCUAACAGCUAUGUUGAACAAGUAUUUCACACCUUUGACAUGAAUAAGGAUGGAUUUAUAGACUUCUUGGAGUUCAUAGCUGCAAUAAAUUUGGUUAUACGAGGGAAAAUUGACCAAAAAUUGAAAUGGUAUUUCAAGCUAUACGAUGCUGAUGGAAACGGAUGUAUUGACAAAAAAGAACUACUAAGCAUAUUCUCGGCUAUCCAGGCUAUAAAUGGCUACACCAACAUGAGUGCUGAAGAGUUCACAAACAUGGUAUUUCAGAAGAUAGAUGUGAACAAUGAUGGGGAACUGACUUUGGAAGAGUUUAUCAACGGUGUGGAAAAAGAUGAGGACCUAAUGGAAUUGAUUUCGAAAAGUUUUGACCUUUCCAACGUACUCAAAGUCAUACAGAACGGCAGGAGGAACAGCGUCUGAAGGAUCCAGUGACAGACGUGGCCUUUGUGUCAUCAUUUCAAGGAAGAUAAUAUUUGAUAUAUUCAGAGAGCUUGAUGUUGUUAAAUCCUGCUCGGGCAAUAGCGAGCAGCCUGCUCCAGGAGUAACAAUUUUCACUCUUCAUAUAUCUCCUUUUCUUUUCUUUAUUCUUUUCCUUGCUCAUGACUGUGGCAGCCACAGGAAAAAAAAACAACUUCGGCUGCCUAUAAUAGAAAAGGUAUUUGAUGCAGUAAAAGUAACUUACUUGGUCUCUAUGAGCAUGUUGUGGUUAAACCCCAGACAGCAAGUAAGCACCACCCAGCUGCUGGCUCACUGCACUCCGGUGGGAUGGGGAAGAGUGAAAGUGCAAAAACUUGUGGGCUGAGAUAAAGACAAUUUAAAAGGUGAAGAAAAAGCUGUGCACUCAAGCAAAGCAGAACAAGGACUUCAUUCACCUCUCCCCAUGGGCAGGCAAGUGUUCAGCCAACUCCAGGAAAGCAUGGAUCCAUCAAGAAUAAUGGUGAAUUGGGAAGACAAAUGCCAUCACUCUGAACACUCCCUCCCUUGCUUCUUCUUCCCCAGCUGUAAAUGCUGAGCAUGACAUCAUAUGGUGUGGGAUAUCCCUGUGGUCAGCUGGGGUCAGCUGUCCCAGCUGUGUCCCCUCCCAGCUUCUUGUGCACCCCCAGCCUUCUCACUGGUGGGGUGAGAGGCAGAAAAAGACUUGAUGCUAUGCAAGCACUUCUCAGCAGUAAUGAAAACAUCUUUGUGUUAUCAAUGUUGUUUUGGUCACAAAUCCAAAACACAGCCUCAUACCAGCUACUAUGAAGAAAAUUACCUCUAUCCAAGCUGAAACCAGCACAUUCUCUUCUGGUCAGAUUAAUCAAUAAAAUAAUGAAAAUAACGCAAAAUGCAACCUUUCUAGAUGACACAGAGUUAAUAAAUUUCUUCUUUUAAUUCUGGGGUUUUUAACCCUACUACGUAAAGGGUGGACACAAACUUCUAGGUAGGACUGGGUUCUAUCCAGGUCAAUUAAGAGCAAAGCCUACUUUGUAUUACCUAACAUUUGCUCUAAUCAGUACUCAAAAUUGGAUUACAGUCUCCGGGAAACACCUCAGUCAGCUUAAUAUUCCCAAGAUGUGUAUCAUCCUUAACAAGCCUUCUACAACUCUUGAUUUUAUUACAUCCAUAAAUUAAAAUAAUUUGAUAUUUUGUUGUUUCUUUCAGGGUUCAGUUACUGUUCUUUCAAGUUAACCUUGUACAAAAGUGCUGGGAUUAAAUUUUUUAUCUUUCUAGAGCAAAAUUAGAAGUUCAAAGAAUAGCUAAAACCUAAAUCAUUUUGCAAGCACUCCAAGAGAUUUGUGUCCUUUGACUUGUAUUUGCUCCUUUGAAAAACAAUUUGUUUUCACUGGGCUCUCCCCUGACUAUGACACUGCUGGCUUCUCCAAAACAGACAGCCUUUCCCUGACAGGGAGUACUAAUUUAGGUAUCUUUGUCCUGCCCAGAUACCUGGGUGAAAGCUUUUAGCAAUUGAGUUUCUUUCAGACUUUUACCUCCUUUCAAACUGGGUUGCAAUUGUCUCUGAAGGUGGUAGCUGUCAGGAGUGAAGGGAAGGCAUUUGCAGAUGGUAUGAUCACAUAUUCCUCAUUUUUUUAGGAAACCAGGCUCAAAACAACACAACUUUACUUUAUAAAUAAUAAGAUUAAUUCUAUGAGCUGAGAUGGAAUGGCAUGAAAUAUCUGCAAAGGGAAAACUAUAGUUCUUUCUGGUUCUAUUGGGAUUGAUUCUCAAGUCUGUAACAAGUUUUAUCAAAUUACUAUAUUAUAAGACUAAGUUCUCCUUGGCUGACAGUGCCCUGUAGGCAUCACACUAAUACUAGUUAUUGUUAGAAGCAUCAGUUUUAUACAAAGUAAUUUGUGCAAGGAUUGGUGCAAAUUGAACAAAACAAUUUUUAAGACUUCAAUACAAAAAUGUUUUUCUUCCAAAUUCACUUCAAAUCCAUGUCCACUGCAAAUGAAAUGUACUCCAUCAUCUACCAUUAUUAUCCCAGGUUCUGGGUAUAGUAAGAGCAUGCAACAUACAUCACUUGACAUUAUAAACAGUCCUGACAUUAUAGUUCUGACAUUUGAAUCUUUUAUAUCCUUAAAAAAAAAAAAAAGAGAGAGAGAGUGAUGUAUGAGAUUGCUGGUGGUUUGAAUAUUAAGUUCUUGUAUUUAUUCAUCAUUGACACAUUAAUAUGUCACUGUCAGUAUCAGUUUUCUCACACCCAGACUUCACAUUAGACUUUGUGAAUCUCAUGCUUUUCUAAUUAAAGCCGAUGAGGGUGGUGUCCUUCAGAAUUGCCUUUACAAUAUGUAAAAUAAAAUGGUCUAGUCUAAGCAGCUUGGGCAGCUGUGUUUUAGACUUUUGGUUUUAAACUAAUGAAGUGAUGGACUUGGAAAAAUGACUACUAUCUACGUACACUGACUUUUUUUUAUAGGGGAUUUUAAAAAAAGUAUUUUCAUUUAAAUUUGCCUAAUUUUUCUGUGUAACUGUAAUUAUAUGAAGUGAAUUACCAAUUCAAGGAGAGUGUUGUGUUGCAUUAAAAAAU